CGUCAAAUUGAAAAUGGCGUUAACAAGCAUAAAACGAUGAAAACACAAUCAAAACAUAAGCUUCAUGAGCAUAAUAUAUUAUUACGAUUUAAACAGUUUAGCUGCUGAAUAGUAACUAAAAUUUAUAUAUAUUUUUGUUUAGAAGAAAUCAUUUCGAUCAAUUAUAUGUCUACAUUCCUAUAAAUAUAAAUUUUUGGAAAAAUAAUCCAAGAACCCUAAAAUGCAUCUAGGGGCUAUUAAAUUAGCUCAAAAACAAAAAGAGGCAAAGCUUGCAGCGGCGUUUCCCAAAGGAAUCCGAUGUCAGAAAUGUCUGGAAUUUGGCCAUUGGAGCUACGAAUGCAAAGGCAAACGAAAAUACGUACACCGCUCCUCGCGAACGCAAGUGUUGAAAAAAAAUCUCAACAAAAUCGAAAGCAAAGACGUUACGCUUACCAGCAAACAGAAUCCCAGUACAAAGGAGCUCAAAACAACAGAGUCAUCUUCUGAUAGUUCAGACAGCUCAAGCGAUAGUAGCUCGAGCUCCGAUUCGAAUUCAUCUGGAUCUUCGUCGGAUUCAGACACAAGUGAUAGCGAGAGCAGUUCAAGUAGUAGUAGUAGCAGCAGCAGCAGCAGUAAUAGUUCCAGCGAUAGCGAUUCGUCCAGUUCCUCCGAAGACGAUACUAAGAAAGUGCCAAAAAAACGUAAGAAAACAUGAAUGUCUCUGCUAGUUUAUUUCAUCAAUUAGAAGAUUUUUUUUCUCAAAUAACCUUCUGUUGAUGCUUUAGUUUGCCUUUAUUUAAAUACUUUUUUAACAGGCUUCCACUCAAAAAAUGGGUGUGUUCUUUCAUAUACUAACGGUUGUCGAAUACAAUGCUGAAAUGUC